UCUUCUGGUAUAAUUCAAUCGAUUUACGUGGCGAAGCAUUGUGUAAGAUAUAAUAAAAGUAAGAGAAAGAAACACGACAGUGAAUUUCAUCAAUGAAUUGCACCAGUAGUUUUGUGAAUCUAAUGAAUUGCUUGUCCUUCUUAUGUAUGAUGGGUAUUUCAACUUUCAGUCUUCCACUGAUUACCACUGCAUGUUUUUCACACUCCAUUUACAAUCCUAAAAUGUCAUUGUCAUCCGUGUUUCAACUCUCAGUGUUGGUUUUUAAAAGCUGGCAAUCCUCCAUGGAUUACCUAGGAAGGUUUCGAAAGGGUAUAAAAAACCUGAGAGCGAAAAUGCUCCCAGGCUUAUCAUUUGCCGUAUCUUUGUGGUAGACUCGGACUGAAUAAUACUGCACAUUUUUCGCACUCAUAAAAUGUCAUUGCUAUCCGCUACUUGUCUUAAUCUCAUAGCAUUAUGUUGAAGGGGAAGUUACACAUUCCGCUUACCACACACAACUUCCCUGAAGACUACUCUACAUAUCUUCAAAUAUUGCAGACCUGCAAUCUUAAGAACGCGCUUUCACAAGGGAAGAAAGUCCACUCUUACAUCGCUCACAGGUCAUUUGUAACUGUUGCAAACCCAACUUUUCAUAAUAAGCUUAUUUACAUGUAUGUCAAGUGUGGAAGUUUGGAUGAUGCUCGUACAGUGUUUGACCAAAUGAACGAACGAGACAGCGUCUCAUGGAAUACGAUUAUUGCAGCGUACAGAAGACAUGGGUAUCCUCAUGAGGCAGUCACACUGUUUUACCAAAUGCAACGAGCAGGUCUCCAACCCGAUCAGUUUACAUUUGCCAGCGUUAUCCCAGCCUGUGCCAAAAUGGGAGCUUUGGAACAAGGGAUGGACAUCCAUCAAAGCAUAGAGGAUAAGGGAAUUUUGUCAGAUGUUGUUGUUGCAAGUGCCCUGGUAGACAUGUAUGCAAAAUGUGGAAGUCUAGACAAGGCGCGUGAAUUGUUUGACACAAUGCCUCAAAGAGAUGUUUUCUCGUGGACUUCGAUGAUUGCAGGAUAUGCACAAAAUGGAUUUAUCGUUCAGGCUUUAGAUACUUUCAGACAAAUGCAAUUGGCAGGUGUAAAACCAAAUUCCACAACCUUUUCCAGCAUCCUCCCAGCCUGUGCUAAAAUGGGAGAUUUGGAACAGGGUAUGGCCAUCCAUAAUAGCGUUAACGAAGGGGAAUUUUUUUCAGAUGUUGUAGUUGCAACUGCCCUGAUAGACAUGUAUGCAAAAUGUGGAAGCAUACACAAGGCACGAGAACUGUUUGACAGAAUGGCUAAAAGAAAUGUGGUUUCGUGUAAUGCCAUGAUUGCAGCGUAUGCACAAAAUGGAUAUAUUGAAAAUGCUUUCGACACUUUUAAGCAAAUGCAAUUGACAACUGUAAAGCCAAAUUCCACAACUUUUGCUAGCAUCCUUCCUGUCUGUGCCAAAAUGGGAGCUUUGGAACAGGGUAUAGACAUUCAUCGAAGCAUAAUGGAAGGAGGAUUUGUGUCGGAUAUUGUAGCUGGAAAUGCUUUAGUAGACAUGUAUGCAAAAUGCGGAAGCAUAAACAAGGCAUUUGAAGUAUUUAACAGAAUGCCUCAAAGAAAUGUAGUCUCAUGGACUGCAAUAAUUGCAGGAUGCGCACAAAAUGGAUUUUUUGAAAAGGCUUUAGAAACUUUCAAGCAAAUGAUAUUGGCAGGUGUUAAACCAGAUUCAACAACCUUUGCUAGCAUCCUCCCUGCCUGUGCUAAAAUGGGAGCUUUGGAACAGGGUACAAACAUCCAUCAAAGUAUAAUGGAAGCAGGAUUUUUGUCUGAUACUGUAAUUGGAAAUGCUCUGGUAGACAUGUAUGCAAAAUGUGGAAGCAUAGACAAGGCACAAGGACUGUUUGACAUAAUGCCUCAAAGAAACGUGGUCUCAUGGAAUGCCAUGAUUGUAGGAUAUGCACACAAUGGUUUUGUUGAAAAGGCUCUAGAAACUUUCAAGCAAAUGCAAUCGGUAGGUGUAAAGCCAGAUUCCACAACCUUUGCCAGCAUCCUCUCUGCUUGUGCCAAAAUGGGAGCUUUGGAGCAGGGUAUGGACAUCCAUCAAAGCAUAGUUGAAGGGGGGACUUUGUCAGAUAUCAUAGUUGCAAAUGCUCUAGUAGACAUGUACGCAAAAUGUGGAAGCAUAGACAAGGCACGUGAACUGUUUAAUAGAAUGCCUCAAAGAAAUGUGGUCUCAUGGAAUGCCAUAAUUUCAGGGUAUGCACAAAAUGGAUUUGUUGAGAAGGCUUUAGAAACUUUCAAGCACAUACAAUUGGCAGGCUUAAAGGCAAAUUCCACAACCUUCUCCAGCAUCCUUUCUGCCUGUGCCAAAAUGGGAGCUUUGGAACAGGGCAUAGUCAUCCAUCAAAGCAUAGAGGAAGGGGGAUUUUCGUCAGAUGUUGUAGUUGUGACUGCCCUCGUAGACAUGUAUGCAAAAUGUGUAAGCAUAGACAAGGCACGUAAAAUGUUUGACAGAAUGCCUCAAAGAAAUGUGUUCUCAUGGAAUACAAUGAUUGCAGGAUAUGCACAAAAUGGAUAUGUUGAAAAUGCUUUAGAAACUUUCAAGCAAAUGCAAUUUGCAGGUGUAAAGCCAAUUUCCUCAACCUUUGCCAGCGUACUCCCUGCCUGUGCCAAAAUGGGAGCUUUGGAACAGGGUACGAACAUUCAUCAAAGUAUAAUAGAAGGGGGCUUUUUGUCAGAUAUUAUUGUUGAAAAUGCUCUGAUAAACUUGUAUGCAAAAUGUGGAAGCAUACACAAGGCACGUCAACUGUUUGAGAGAAUGCCACAAAGAGAUGUCAUCUCAUGGAAUGCAAUGAUUACAGGAUAUGCACAAAAUGGGCUUUGCGAGGAUGCUCUCAAAAUCUUUGAAUUAAUGAAGCACUUUGGAACAUAUCCUGACAUUGUAAGCUUUGCUUGUGUUCUAUGUGCAUGCAGCCAUGCAGGUUUAUUGCAUGAAGGCUGUAUAUACUUCAAUCAAAUGAGUAACUCCUAUUGCAUUGCACCUACAGUUGAUCAUUAUGUGUGCAUGGUUGACCUUCUUGGCCGUGCUGGCUAUCUUGAGGACACCCUAAACUUUAUCAUUAAGAUGCCAGUUAAACCUGUGGUAGUUGUGUGGAUGUGUUUUCUUGGUGCCUGUAGAUCACAUAUGAAUAUAGGCUUAGGAGUAUUUACAGCGACUCUGCUUUUUGAUUUAAAUCCAAAAAAUGCUGCAGCUUAUGUUCUUCUCUCAAACAUCUAUGCAGAGGUUUGUAGAUGGGGUGAAGUGCAAAUGGUAAGGAGAUUGAUGAAAGAUAGAGGAAUUAAAAAGAUACCUGGAUGCAGUUGGAUUGAAAGCCAUAAAAUGGUGCAUACUUUUUGUGCAGGAGACAGAUCACAUCCACAGACACAGGAUAUCUAUGCAAAGUUAGAGAAAUUGGCUUGGGAGAUGAAGGCAGCAGGGUAUUUUUCAGAUUCAAGACAUUUACUUAAUGAUGUGGAAGAGGAGGAAAAAGAAGUAUUUCUUUUCCACCAUAGUGAAAAGUUGGCUAUUGCAUUUGGUUUGUUAAACAUGCCACCUGGAACAACUAUUAGAGUUGUCAAGAACCUUCGGGUAUGUGCUGAUUGCCAUACAGCAACAAAAUUUAUUUCCAAGAUUGUUGGAAGAGAAAUUGUUUUGAGAGAUGCAAACCGUUUCCAUCAUUUCAAACGGGGAGAAUGUUCUUGUGGAGAUUAUUGGUGAUGCCAAAUGGAGCAAUCUGAAAAAUAGGCUUGCACUACAAUAAUGUACCCCAUGUUAGACCUACAGUAAUAAUGA